UCGUUUUCAUGAAAAUUUGGCUUCAGUGUUUAUACCAACCAAGUUUUAGGAUUAUGUGUUUUCAUCAAUACUCUGUUUUUGUCAUAAAAUAUUAAUUCCUUCUUAAAAAAUAUAUACAACAGAGUAAUACCGAUCCGAAUUUAUUAUAGUGCUUUCUUCAUACUUCAUUGUUAUAAACAUACUAAUAUUUGCAUCGUUUAACCUAAUAAACUGUUAUUACACACAUUCUUUAGUUACGUCCUUUAAAAAUAUAUUAAUUAUAGUGUUAAUGAAAUUAUAACUUUAAGUUUAAUAAAAUCAGUCAUGUGUUUUGUUUAAGAUAAGUAACGUAUUAAAACAAAGUGAAAACAUUUAUUAUGAAAAAAUGAGUGAAAUUGUACUAAUUGAUGAUGUGUCUGAAAGUAAUGGUGGAUCAGAACAACCUGUUUACAAUGGAGAAACUGAGGAACAUACAAACAAAUCACCUGGAAGUGUAGAAGAUAAAACACCUGAUUUGAUAUUGGAUAAUGUAAUUAAAAAAAAUAAUACUACCAAUACAACUAAUAGAGCUAAAAAAAGGAAGAAAAUUCUAAGAGAUGCCACUGCCCCUAAGCAACCUUUAACUGGUUAUUUCAGAUUUUUAAAUGAUCGACGAGAGAAAGUAAGGACUGAAAACCCUACUCUAUCAUUUGCUGAAAUCACAAAACUCCUUGCUUCAGAGUGGAGUACUCUACCUGCUGAUCAAAAACAACAAUAUUUAGAUGCAGCAGAGCAGGAUAAAGAACGAUAUAAUCGUGAGUUUAGUGAUUAUAAACAGACAGAAGCAUACCGAUUAUUCAGCGAGAAACAAUCUUCAGAAAAACAACAAGAAAAUAAAAAGGAGAGAAAUGGAACUGAUAUAAAUUCAGAGCAAAAUGAUAUUCAACAAGAUAAAGAUAAUGACUUCACAGGUUUUGAUAUACCUAUUUUUACAGAGGAAUUUUUGGAUCAUAAUAAAGCAUGUGAAGCUGAGUUAAGACAAUUAAGGAAAGCUACAUCAGACUAUGAAGCUCAGAAUGCGGUGCUGCAACGACAUGUAGACAGUUUGUAUGCAGCUGUAAAUCGUUUAGAAUCUGAAACAAACCAACAACACACAACUAAUCAAGUUUUGCAGCGUCAUUUGGAUUCUCUUCGUUCACAAUUAGCAAGUUGUUUUGCUUCAGUACCUCUACCAGGUACGAACGAAGGCGCAACAUUACAAAAUAUUGAUAAUUACGUUGAAAGACUUGAAUCGUUACUGACUGGCAAUGUCGAACAAUCUUUGCGAAAUGCUGUACGUAACGCUGUAUCUCGCCUUGAAUUAAUUGGAUGACGAUCGCCUCCCGGUAGUACAACUACUACAUCUAUAAAACACCAUCGUUCAAGGCACUCACAUCGAAAAUAAAAAAAGUGAUUGUGUUCUUUUCUACAUACUUCGUAAAAUAUAAUUUCCUUUUUUAAUUGCGUAUACUCUAUAUUAUUCAUCUAUAUUAUAUAUCUUGCGUAUAGCUUAAUAAUAACGGUAUAUCUUUAUAUAACAAUAAUUUUCUUUCCAAUAUAUGAUUUUAAAAUUAUGCCUUAUUUUUUAAAUAAAUAUAAUUUAUAAGGUAUAAUUGCAUAGAGUUAUGUAUACAGAUGCAAUUAUUCGUUUGUGUAAUUUACAUGUAUCUAAUUAAUUCGUAGCAUAAUAAGAAAGUAUCAUUAUGAUACUCUCAUACAUUUAUUAAUAAAUUUUUUAAACUUA